CCAGCUGCGCCUGCGCGGACUGCGGCAGAAGGCGGGGUGUGAGAGGCGAGUGUUCUGCGCCUAGUGUUCACUGUUGGCUAGAACCUUCCUUCUUUCCCACCACCUCUAAUUUGGGCUCCUGCGACUCGCUUGGAAUUGGGGUUCUGGCGGCAGCAGCAGCAUUCCUGCUAGCAGCAGUCCUGUGCAGAGGCGCCUACAACACCUUGCGUCCUCUUCUGUGAGAUCGCGGGCCUGUCGGUGUCAGCUUCCCCACGCUGGUCGACAGGACCAUGUCGCUGGUAAGCCAGAAUUCGCGCCGCCGCCGCGGUGGAAGGGGCAGUGCUCGCAACAGCAGCGGCAAGGGGCUCCCUGCUGCUGCGCCAAGCCCAGACGUCCCUCGGGACCUGAGCGACCCCCAGAUUGUCCAGGGCCUCUGCGCCUCCGAGGGCCCUGGCACCUCCAAGCUGCACACCCCCCGGGAGGGCCCAAGCACCUCUGUGCCGCCCACUAUCUCAGAGGGCUCAAGCGCCUCCGGGCAGCUCAUCACCUCUGAGGGGCCGAAUACCUCUGAGCUGCCCACCUCCGUAGAGGGUCCAGGCACCUCCCAGCCUCCUGUCAUCUCCCCCGGGCAGAACGGCGCUGUGUCAAUCACCGCCUCAGAGGGCCCGAGCAUCUCUGUGCCACCCACUGCUCCUAAGAGCUCAAAGGCCUUUGAGCAUCUCACCAUCUCUGAAGGGCUGAGCAUCUCCGAACAGCCCCACUCCGAUGAGGUCCCUGAUGUGCAGCCCACCCUGGGUGAGGGUCCGGGAACCUCGGUGCCGCCCACCUUCUGCGAGGAAGAAUCGGGCAUUUCCGUGCCACUUCUCUCUGGUGAGGCCCUGAGCACCCCCGUGUUGCCCACCAUGUCGGAGGGACCGGGUAUCAAUGUGCCCCCCACCGCUAGUGAGGCCCCCAGCACUUCGGUGCCGCCCACUGUCUCUGAUGGACUGGGCAUCAACGUGCCGCCCACCGCGGGUGAGAGCCAGAGCACCUCCGUGCUGCUCUUGGCUUCGGAGGAACCAGACAUCUCCGUGUCUCCCCGCUCCGCUGAGGGACUGAGCACCUCCAUGCCGCCCCCCUUCGGUGAGGCUCAGAGCACCUGGGUGCCGCCCACCAUCUUGGAAGAAUCUAUCCUCUGUGUGCCGCCCACCUCGGUGCCGCCGCCCGCUGUUUGUGACAACCCGAACACCACCGCCAAGGGCCGGGGCGCGUCCCUGCGAUCCAUGUCUGCUGAAGGCUUCAUCAUCUCGAUGGCGCCCUGUGCUGCGGAGGGAUCUGCCACCUGCGGGCUGCUUCCCUGCGCUGAGGGCCCAAGCACCUCUGGGCUGCACACCAUGGGUGAGGGGCUGAGAACCUCGCAGAUGCCGCUAGCUGCCGAGGGCCCUAGCACUUCCGGUAUGCCUACUGCAGCUGAAAACCCUUCAGCCGCGUUGAGCUGCGGUGCUGCUAUGGGCAUGAACUUAUGCAAGUGCACCUCCCUCACUCUGCAAAAGGCCUCUGCUCCCUCUGUACGCCCAAAGCGUUCAGAAGGCCCCCUGGAAUUCCAGGUCCUGAGAGACAGUGAGAAUUCCAAUUCCAUUACCAUUAUGGGCCUUGGCACCGCCCACGUUGCCCUUACGCUGAAGCCUCAGGAUCCUAUGGAGCAAAACGUAGCAGAACUGUUGCAGUUUCUACUCGUGAAGGAUCAGAGCAAGUAUCCUAUCAAGGAAUCUGAAAUGAGGCAAUUCAUUGUCAAAGAAUAUCGCAACCAGUUCCCAGAGAUCCUCAGACGAGCAGCAGCCCACCUGGAGUGCAUUUUUAGGUUCGAACUGAAGGAGCUAGAUCCUGAGGAACACACCUACAUCCUGCUCAACAAACUGGGACCUGUGCCCUAUGAUGGGUUAGAAGACAUCCCAAAUGGGCCAAAGAUGGGACUCUUGAUGAUGAUCCUGGGACAGAUAUUCCUAAAUGGCAACCAAGCCAGGGAAGCUGAUAUUUGGGAGAUGCUCUGGAGAUUCGGAGUGCAGCGUGAGAGAAGGCUUUCCGUGUUUGGGAACCCGAAGAGACUUCUGUCUGUCGAGUUUGUGUGGCAGCGUUACUUGGACUACAGGCCGAUAACUGACUGUGUACCAAUCGAGUAUGAGUUUUACUGGGGCCCACGAUCCCACCUAGAAACCACCAAGAUGAAAAUUCUGAAGUUCAUGGCUAAGAUCUAUAACAAAGAUCCUAUGGACUGGCCAGCACAGUACAAUGAAGCACUGGAAGAAGAUGCUGCCAGAGAUGUUGGUAACGAGUGGCGAGCUGUUCCUCACUUUAGGAGGCCCUUUUUUGAGGAAGUUUCUCCAGAGCUCCUGGCUCCUGAUUCAGAUGCUCCUGGCUAUCCCACGAAAUACUCUCCCCAUUCAUGGCCUGAGUCAAGAUUAGAGAGUAAGUCAAGGAAAUUGGUCCAAUUAUUUCUGCUGAUGGAUUCAACUAAGCUGCCUAUACCAAAGAAAGGAAUUCUCUAUUACAUCGGCCGAGAGUGUAGCAAAGUGUUCCCUGACCUUCUGAAUCGUGCUGCUCGCACCCUAAACAACGUGUAUGGGACUGAGCUGGUGGUCCUCGAUCCAAGGAACCACUCCUACACCCUGUACAACCGAAGAGAAAUGGAAGAUACUGAAGAGAUUGUGGACAGUCCAAACAGGCCCGGCAACAAUUUCUUAAUGCAGGUUCUAAGCUUCAUCUUUAUCAUGGGCAACCAUGCUAGGGAGUCUGCAGUCUGGGCCUUUCUGAGGGGCUUGGGGGUUCAAAAUGGGAGAAAGCAUGUGAUUACCUGUAGGUAUUUGAGUCAGCGCUACAUAGACAGUUUGCGGGUCCCUGACAGUGAUCCAGUGCAGUAUGAUUUUGUAUGGGGGCCUAGAGCCCGCUUGGAAACCUCCAAGAUGAAAGCCCUGCGAUAUGUGGCCCGAAUCCACAGAAAGGAGCCACAGGACUGGCCAGAGCAGUAUAGGGAGGCGUUGGAAGACGAGGCCAAUAGAGCCGAAGCUGGGCACCGGCCACUGGUUGUUCGCAACUUGCGAUAGAUUAAUGUGUGGCAGUGGCAGUCAGUGAGGCCUUGUAUGGCCGGGCCUAGAGCCCUGGUUCUCAUGUAUUGGGGUUUGGGGGGGAUACAUAUUGUAUUUGGUAUUUGUGUUCCAGUUCCAUUGAUGGAUUUUCAUAUUUAGUUCUUGUUUGGUAUCUUGAAAAGUUUUCAUUGUUUUAAUAAUACUGUCCAGUAAUGUAAAUGUGAUUGUCCACUUGCUGUCUGUGCUGUACUUUGCUGUAAGAGUUUUGAUAGUGUUAUAAAGUGUUUUGGGACUCUUUCCACCUUGUUGCAUUGUCUGAAAGUGAAUAUAUAGCAUAUAGCUAUAGACAUAGGCUUUUCCCUGAAAGCUUGAAAAUAAAAUCAUCAGUAAAGUGAUAUAGCUUCAGAUGUUAAACAAACAAAUAUACAACAAGUGACAAAGCACUAAGUUGUGGCUGGCUUUCCUUUAUGUCUGCUAUUGUGUAAAGAAUACUAAUGUUUACCUGUAUUUGCUUUGCUGUACUAAAAGUAUUGAGAAAUAAAAGUGUAAUAAAUAAAAAUUCUAAUGCACUAAUUUAUUCAAUAAACAUUUGUUAAAUUC